ACAUCUUUCCUCGCUUUUGCUUACUUCAUAACAAAGCAUCUCUUCAUCAAAACCUUUUUUAUUUCACUUCACAUUUGGAGAAAGAUUUACAUACAAGUAAACAUUUYUUUCAGUUAGUAGAAACUGCAAAGGCAAUAAAGUAUGAUUUUUUUAAGUGAACAAAUCUUAAUAUUAAUUAUCAUUGUAAAUAAGUCCAAUAACAAAUAUUGCCUACCAACCAAAUUACCAAGGGCAAAUGAAGUUACCGAUUUUGGUGCAAUCGGACAAAACGGCAACGUAUUGCAGAGUACGCAUUCAAAGCCAAGCCGAGCGCAAAACUCACGAAUGCGAGAAAUAAGCUGGGAGAAAGUGGAAGCUGACCGAAGCUGAACGUAAAGUUGUUCAACGCAAUAAACCAGUACUAAAGGGUUUUCAGCGCUGACUCGCGUUGAAAUUGCGCGUAUUAUUCAGUUGAUUUUAAUGCAAUUCGUGAAUAUAUGUAUGUGAUAUUGAGCACAAAUAUGGAUAUUAGCUUAUUGAUAAGUGAAGUUUUUGCUCGCCCUGCUCUAUGGGAUCGAAAAAAUAAAAAUUAUCACAAUAGACAACUGGUUGAACAUCUAUGGAAAUCAGUUGCAAGAGAAAUGAAUUUAAAGAAGGAAGAGGUGAAGAAAAAAUGGAAGUAUAUUCGCGAUCAAUUUCGAGCUGAAUUACGUAAAAUUUCCGUUCCAGUAUCUGCUGAUCGUUCUAAUAUGGAAUCAGAUUUUAAUUCGAAGUGGCUUUACUUUAAGCAACUAUUAUUUUUAAAAGACCAAAUGAAGCACCGAGAACUGAACGGUAAUUUACAGAAAAUAAGUACUAUUCCGGAUGAAAGUGGUAACGAAGAUUCACUCGAAGUAAAUGAUGAUAUAAGUAGUUGGAAUAUGUCUCAAGUCGAAGACACGGACGAUACCUGCGAUAAAUUUGAAUUCAAUAUUCCGCCUCCAACGAAAAAGAAACUUUUAAGCCAGACGAAGAAUACUUCGCGCCAGUUGGAAAUUGAAAAACGUAAAUUAUUCAUGCUCGAAAAGAAACACUCCGAAAAAAAAGAGCGAGAUGAGGAUCAGGCCUUUUUCGAGUCUCUUCURCCGCAUAUCCGUAAAUUGGAACCCGAAGCUAAAUUGUUAUGUCGAAUGGAUAUUCAAAAUAUUGUAUAUAAUCAUGUAUACCAAAAAUAUAAAAAAUAUCCAAUAGUUGGCACAAACACGCAAACACCAYUUUUAAAGGAUAAUUUGCAAUAAGCAGUUGUAACUUCACCCAUCGGCAAUUCUUCAGGACCCAAUGUAUUUACUUUGGAUUUAACGCCAAACUCUAUUACUUCAAUUAAAAUUCAUAUGUAUGUAAACGUA